GGAUCUCAUGCAGAAGGGCCGAUUGGAAUUCCUCUUCGCCUACCUCAGGGACUCGCUCCCAGCCGCGUCUGUCAAGACCGCAGAAGAGUUGGAGCCAUCCGAGGACCGCGCCUCGUUUGUAGCAAUGAAGGCUGCGUGCAGGUCGUUCAAGCAGUGGAUGAAGGUGCGUGCUCACAUCAAGGUCAUCUUAUCGACCCACGUUGGGGACGACGCCUUCCGGUCGGAUGACCAGGACUACCAGAUUGAGCAGGACGCGGCAGACGAGCCACGCGGCUUCGACGACGCCGCCCGCAAGCAUAUCAAAUCGAAAGCUGAAGCUCAGGGAUGUGCUGACCCAUCGAGCCUGGUAGACCUGUGCGCGCUGCUCGUCGGCGACGACGGCGACGCGCUCAUCUCCAAAACGAAGGCGUUCAUGAAGAUCAACCCGAAGCUUCACGUCGGCCCAGCCGCAGGAGGCCGCGUGGUAUCGAUGGCGAAGCGCCUGCAUGUCUCCUACGCAACGGCCAUGGCAGAGAUGAACCAGCAGCUGGCAGACGUCGACCAAGACAUUGCCCACGCGGCCACUUCCGACCACGUCGCCCUGCAGCUGGUCCUGCGUAAGGUCGCUGCCGUCGUCUGGGCGACUCUCGACAACAGUGUCGCGUUGCUCGCGAGGAAGGCGGCCACUAUCCUCAACGGGUUGCACGACGUCACAGGGGUGCUCAAGGUGAACGCGAAGGCUGGUGAGCUCCUUUCAGUGUUUGGGUCACAGGACGUUGCGAACGUUGUGAUGGCCCUUCGCGGGUAUUACAUGGCUGGUCUCCUCGCCGAUGCUAGCGAGACCGUUGCUGACAAUGCCGAGUUGUCUGGCCCGACCUCGCCAGAGUUGACCGCCGUCUGCGCCGCCGUCAAGCACGUCAGCGAGGUCCUCGUGGCGUCCGUGGACAUGAUGCCGACCGUGGAGGACGCCGAGUGGCCGUCAGACGCCGCGUGGGCGAAUCACUGGUGCCAUCUGGGCUCCCAGUGCUCGUCGGUGUCGCCGCGCGUUCCCAAGACGGACAACGACUGGUCCCGCCAGGAAACCUCGAUCUCCACCAAGCUGGCCCGCAAGAAG